GCCCACAUUUCCCCACGUGAAAGUGAUCAUCAUGGUUCCAGCGCUGAAACUUCGUAGACUUCCACUUUCACUAUCUAUUAUCAGCGGGUCCAGCCGCCCCUGCAGCCCGCCAUGACCCGCUCCAGCCCCGGACCCGCCCGGCUCUGGCUCCGCCUGUGCUGGAGCUGCUGCUGCCUGCUCGCCGCGGUGGAGGGCCGGCUGUUCACCGCGAAGCUCUGGAGCGUUCGGGCCGGCCUGGGAGGCUUCGAGCCCGGGGACGCGGCCCCAGCGUUCAGCGUCUCCACCCUUGAUGGAGAGUUCUCCUACCCGCCCAAGGACUCCUCAUCAUCAUCCUCCUCCUCCUCCUCCUCCCCCAGACCCGCGCUGAUCAUCCACGCCUUCACCAACAAAUCCGCCUUCCUGGAGGUGCUGUGGACCUCCAACAUGUCCCUCUCGGACCUGGCGGAGUUUCUCCCGCCCAGCGCCCAGGUGCUCUUCAUCUCCAUGGAUGAUUCAGCGGCCGAGCAGGCGCUGUGGAUGCGGGAGCAAGUGUACGGAGCUGCGGGAAGCAGGUGGAAGGAGAUAAGGUCCAGACUGCACUUCUCUCCUGUUCCUCUUCAUAUGCUGGGAAACUGGAUCCCCAGAGUGUUUUACUCGUGGGGUUGUGGAGGACACAACUGUGGUCUUGCUCAGGUGGUCUUCACCUCUUCAGAGUGGUCUGUCCCUGUGAUCUCUAAACGCCUGAACGCCAGAUACGAUUGGCUGAAUGGACGCUGGGAUCCAAAGCCGUACGUUCUGGCUGAAGCAGGCGAUGGAUGUAAACCCGUCCCCGAGGUUGCGGGGGCGGUUGCCUGGGUGUCUGAAGGCGGCUGCUCCUUCUUCACAAAGAUUAAAACAAUGUCCGAGUCCAAUGCUACUGGUGUUCUGGUGUAUGCCUCACCGGGGAACCCUAUACAGGAUAUGAACUGUGUUGGAGAUGAAUGUAACACCACCCUCAACAUUCCAGCCGCCAUGCUGCACAUUGAACCGGCUGUGGUGGAAGCCCUUUCGAAGGGGAAGUCAGUGAAUGUGUCAUUCCAGGUCACUCCAUCUCCAAACUUCUUCUUCGCGAUAGACCACCAGGGGGCGCUAGCAGAGAUGGGCUGGUUCCUCUACCCUACUUUCAGAUUCCUGAGCUGGCAGGCUGAGUGGUUUGACUUCUACACAGGCUUGCUGGAACAGGCUAAAAAACCUGCAGACGUGGUGCCGGUGUUUGAUAGAGUGCUGAUGCAGGGGGAGGCCGGGGCCCAGGCUGUGGUGGACCUUCCCCCAGAUCUGCUGAGGUAUGAUGUGCUGGAGCUGGACGCUGCUCUGUCCUGUCCUGGGCUCAGGGAUGAGACGUGUGCUCAUUGGGAUCACACUGUGCAGCUGUUCGUGUGCUGCGACCGGUUCAGUCCUCACUGCAACCAGGAGCUGGGCCGCUGGAUCACCGCCUUCCGCAGAGGUACAGGUCGUUGGCUGACGGACGUGUCGCCCCUCCUUGCGCUGCUGAACGGCGAGCGCUGUUCCCUGACCAUGAAGACCGUCCCCUGGGCGAUGCCCUGGAUGACCUCCCUGAAUCUGCGCUUCAGCUAUAGCAACAGCUCAGGAAACUCAUCAGAGAACUUCAAGCCGUUCAAGCUGGUCUCACUUUACAACGGGGGGACGUUCGACCGGGACUACAACAAGAGAUUCCAGGAGAUCAAGUUUGAUAUUCCAGCUUCAGCCAAGAAGGUGGAGUUGUAUGCAGUAAUCACGGGUCACGGCAGUGAUGAUAACGCGUGUUGUGAGUUCUGUGUGACGUCACACUUCUUCAGUGUAAACGGCAUCUACAACAACUCUCGUAUAUUCGACUCGGCUGGUUCAGCUCUGGGCUGUGCUCUGAGAGUCGGUGAGGGAGGAGUACCUAACGAGCACGGCACGUGGCUGUACGGCCGCGGCGGCUGGUGCGACGGUCUGCAGGUCAAUCCGUGGAGGAUCGACAUCACUCCCCAGGUAAAUAUGGGUGGAACCAAUACGAUCCUCUACUUCGGACUCUUCGACGGACGGAACCCCAAUCCAGCCAGAGAUCCAGGGUACAUCAUAAUGUACUCCUAUCUCAUAUUUUAUAAGUGAUUUCUACAAGUGAAUCUGCUUGAAUGAUCGACUGUACAGAGAAAAGCCAUGAUUAAAGACUUUUAUUUUGGAA